GAUCUUGCCAGUUGCCACUUGAAGCUGGUAGCAUCCAGAUCGGAGGGAUGAGUUCACCUACGGAUUACCUCUUUAGCCCGCUGGCAUAUGGGUCAGCUCUUUCGGCCAUUGGAAUAUAUCUUCUCCGGCAAUAUAUGCAGGGAGGUCAGUUCACAACGAAAACGGACGAGACCGGCAGAGUGGCGAUCGUAACCGGCUGUAACCAGGGAAUUGGCAAGGAGACCGUUCUAGAGCUGGCUCUCAGGGGGGCCACCAUAUACAUGGCUUGUCGGGACAUGAAAAAGUGCGAGAGUGCUCGUCGAGAGAUCAUCGAAGCGACCAACAAUCAGAACAUCUUUGCACGCGAAUUGGACUUGAGCUCUAUGAAGUCUAUUAGAAACUUCGCUGCUGGCUUUAAGCGAGAGCAAAGCAAGCUCCAUAUUCUUAUCAACAACGCCGGCAUCAUGGACUGCCCCAAAAUGCUAACGGAGGACGGCUUUGAAAUGCAAAUCGGAGUUAAUCACAUGGGCCACUUCCUACUCACGCUCCUGCUCCUCGACCUCCUAAAGAGCUCCGCCCCCAGUCGCAUUGUGGUCCUAUCCAGCAUAGCCCACCGGUUCGGAAGGAUUAAGCGUGACGAUCUGAACAGCGAAAAGUCUUACGAUAGAAAGAUGGCCUAUUGUCAGAGCAAAUUGGCCAACAUCCUCUUCACAAGGGAGUUGGCCAAACGACUGGAGGGAACUAAAGUGACGGUAAAUGCUCUACAUCCCGGAGUAGUGAACACGGAGCUAUUCCGCAACACACCGUUCUUGGGAUCGAGGUUUGGAAAAUUCAUUAUAGCCCCCUUAAUAUGGAUCUUUAUAAAGACGGCUAGGAAUGGCGCUCAGACGACCCUGUAUACUGCUCUGGAUCCCAGUUUGGAAAACGUGUCUGGAAGAUACUUCAGCGAUUGCAAACCAAAGCACGUGGGCUCGGCCGCCCAGUAUGAUGAUGAUGCUGAAUUUCUAUGGGCGAAAAGUGAAAAGUGGACUGGAGUAAAAUUUGAGUAACUUUAUGACUCCUUUAACUAUUACCCUGUAUCGUAUAAAGUACAUUUAAUGGGCUAAUCUAAAUGAGUUCUGCUUUUGUACAAAUAUUAAACAUUUUUAAAACACUUGCCAGGCAUAUAUUAAAACCAUUUGUCUUAUCACAA